AUGCCACAGGCAACGAUUGAUAUUAAUAAUAAUUAUGGACAUAGUCAUUCAAACAUAUGCGAAGAAUUUGGGAACUUGACUCUUAUACACAACGGCCAAGAAACUUAUGAUGCAGCCUCAACUAAUCUUUCCCAUGGCACCGUUGAUUAUCAAGAUAGGAAUGGUUGUUACAUCGACCACAUACAGAUAGAUGGCAUUCGUCAAAAUGGGGCCUCCCUAGACUCAAAUGUAACGAAUGGGAAAUUAUAUACUAGCGGAUAUUCAGACGAAAACUACGGGGUUCUCCCUAUCGAUGACUCUUCGGAUAAUUGUUUCAUAGCGGAAACGGAUGAAACCAUAUAUUACCCCGAUGAGCAGCAACUCGACAAAGAUGGCAGCGAUUCUAUGAUUAAACUAUUGCAGCGCACGGGCUAUACUAUGAUUCAAGAGAAUGGGCAGAGGAAAUACGGAGGCCCACCUCCCAAUUGGCAGGGCGAUCCUCCCAGCCGGGGCUGUGAAAUUUUUGUGGGAAAAAUCCCUAGGGAUCUUUACGAAGAUAAACUCGUUCCUUUAUUCGAAACUGUUGGACCACUUUAUGAACUCAGACUCAUGAUGGAUUUUAGUGGUACAAAUCGAGGUUACGCGUUUGUCAUGUACACAAAUAAGGAUGAUGCUCGCCAGGCCAUAAAGUGCUUCAACAAUUAUGAAAUUCGCAAAGGUAAAACGCUGGGCGUGUGUCCUAGCGUGGAUAACUGUCGACUUUUUAUAGGUGGCCUUCCACGAGACAAGACCGAAUACGAUAUUAAGGAAAAUGUGUCUCAGCUCACUGAGGGGGUCAUAAAUGUCAUACUCUAUCCAAGCGCCGAGGAGAAAACCAAAAAUAGGGGCUACGCCUUCAUAGAGUACGAUUGCCAUAAAUCCGCCGCUAUGGCCAGGCGUAAAUUAGUUCCCGGAAAGAUUCAGUUGUGGGGAAAACCAAUCAUAGUAGAUUGGGCCGAACCUGAAGUAGAUGUGGACGAAGAGAUCCUUGAAAAUGUGAAAAUUCUGUAUGUCCGAAAUUUAAUGCUAAAUACCACCGAAGAGGUUAUCAAGGAACACUUCCAAAAAGCUUGCAAUGGUAGCGAGGGUUCCAUAGACAGGGUCAAAAAAAUUAAGGAUUAUGCCUUCGUACAUUUUCUUAGGAGAGAAGAUGCUUUGUGCGCCUUAGAAGCUAUGAACGGGCAGCAUAUCGAAGGUAGUUUAAUUGAAGUCAGCUUGGCCAAGCCAAUCGAUCAAAGCUAUUACAAUCAAUAUUCCCCCAAGCCUAGAAUCAUUUUGAAUAGCAGUCUUGAGAGGAGAACAUGUCCUAAAAUGAAUAACGGAAUUGAAUAUAAUAACGGAAUAUUAGAUUCGGAUAAUCCGAAAAUGGCUAACAUAAGGGCAAUGAGAGGAGCUGGAGGUCUAAGAGGUAAUCCAUUGCGCUUGAGGGGAUACCGCCCUCAAAGAGAGAUUCUGGAAGAAUUUUGCAAUAACCUAGGUUGGAAAUUACCAGAAUACAGAAUCGAUAUCAUAAAAAAAAGCGAUAGCUGCAACAAAGAAAUACGGUUGUUUGUUGGAAAGGUGCGUAUUAACGAAUUGAGUCAAAAUUAUUUUCAGGCUACUCAAAUGGGGUUAACAGGGCAAGAGGCUAAGCUUUACGCUGCGGAUUAUAUGCUCAAUUUUUUGAGAGCAAAUUUUAAUCCUCAAAAUAUACCAUUAGAUUCGAAAAAUUAUGAAGGCGACCCAUUAGUUAAAAUGAACGAAAAAUUUUCAAGAAAUAAAGUUGGUUCUCCAAAUGAUUUAUCAAAGUUUCCAAUGAACGAUCAAUAUUUUACUCCGAUGAUUUCCCCAAUGAUCCCUCAUUUGUCUCACCAAAUUUAUAAUUCUCACCCGAACAAUAAUACUUAUCAAAUAUCUUUACCUCAAUUUGUGAAUGGUUCUAAUAAUAAUGAGAUGUCUGGUGAGCAAAUUAACUCCGUUAUUCAGUCAGAGACUUGGCAGGACUCAAAAAGUAACAUAAACACAAUUCAGACAUUUAUAAACAAAUGUCUUAGAAGAAUCACCAAAACGUAUUACCCAUACAACACAUCAAAUACAACGCUCUGGAAUAGAUGCGACAUCCUACCAAUCAAUCGUCUCAUACCCUUGAGGAGACUAGAAUUACUCUUAAGACACUUGCAGGAAAAUAUGAUAUUCUCGUCCUUGAAAUGGUGCCCUGACGGUAGGAAGAAAACUCCUAAAUACUAUUGGUUGGCGAAAUGUUUGAAAGAUAUGGACCUGAUUAACCUCUCGUUUGCAGAUUUCAUGGCGCUCAGCAAAAACAAGAAACACCUAAAAGAACAUUUACAAUACAUGUUAAAAUAUGGCCUAAAUUAA